AGGUCUGGAGGUCGGCUUCAUGUGUUCUGUAGCCUAUUUAAAAGGAGAUAUUCUGAAUGAUGAUGUUGUUCUACUACCACAACCACUAGGAAAUAACCAACCAAUGGGCUCACGGGAGUCAGUGUCUAUCAAUAAAUGCAAUGUUCAUAAUUGGGCGGCGGUGAGUGUUCACAGACAGACAGCGAUACUCCCAGUACCACGUCCAGGAUCUACUGGGACACCAGUACGCAUUCCGCUCCAGUCCAGGAGAAGUGGGAAUGCUUCCCGUACCGGGAGUGCCCGGCGGGGGGCGCCACCUCCAGCCGGGGACCAGAGAGAGUCUUUAACUCGUUGGUUUAUUUCUGGAUUCUUCAGCAUCUCAACACCUCCUCUGGCCUCCUCCACCCCGCAGACCUCCUCCAGACCCGCGAUGAGCCGCAGACGGACUCAUAGCUCCGCGGACGGCCUGUCGCCUGACCUCCACGCCGCCUUCAUGGAGACCCAGGCCCCCCCGGGGCCCCCCGGGCCCGCGGGCUCCGCGACCCGCAGCCACGGGGAUUUCCUUGAGUCGGACACCGACGAGGAGCUGCUGUGCUCGGUGAGCGACAUCACGGAGCACCUGGGGAGGAACGUCGCGCUGGUACUGGAGACGGCGCUCACCGAGAUCCGCAAGAUGGUGAGCGGGAGGAUCCGCGUCCUCAGGCUGGAGCUCCGGGAGAAGACGGACGAGAUCGAGGUCCUUAGGGCUAGGCUGGAGACCGUGCAGCGGGACGGCAGAGAACCUUUCCCGGGCGGCUUGUCGGUGGAGGCGUCGCUGCUCGGCUUCAGGAAGCACGGCGUCCCCGACCCGAGGAGGAUGAAGCCCGGGGUGAAGAAGGAGAACAUCAACGCUAUCUGUGAUUACCUGAUGAAGGACAAAAAUGCGAAAGGUAGCGAUCUGGAGGGCGACCACCAGAGCGACCCCCCAGCGGCCGACAGAGAGCCUCAGCCCGACCCCCUCGGCCUGUGGCCAGACAGCGGGAUGGCCGGCCCGGCGGCCGGGGACGGGGAAUCGGACUCGGCCGAGGACAUCUUCAACAUGUUGCCGUCGGGCAGCAAACGGAUCUACGACUACGAGUGGAUGGCGGGGAUGGAGUACACUGCUGACCUGAAGGGAAUGAGGGAACCCAAGUGCGAGCAGGGUCCCGAAGAGGAGACGGAGGAGGAGGUGGACCACUCCGCUAGUGAGGGGGACAGCGUGGAGCCGGCCCAGAGCCAGGCCCCCCUGGCCCUCCACCAGCCCCCCGAGUUCCACAUGGAGGCCCCUGAGUCCCCGCGGGACGGGCCCCGGGACCCUGGGCCGGGCAACGCAGACCGCCUGGAGACCGGGCCACAGUUCAGCAGCCACCACUACAUCUGCCCGCUGUGUGGGACCUUCUGCCCCGACUCCCUGUUCCUGGAGGAGCACCUCAAGCUGAUCCACUCGGACGUUCCGGGCGCCCAGGCCCUGCACGCCAUACAGUCCACCUCCGCCUCGGCGCUGGGGGAGCCCAGCGGGGACCCCCGGAGGGCGGCCCCCCGGCCCGUUGAGGGGGUCCCGGGGCCGGCCGCCGAGGCGGGGCCGGACGGGGCCCGGGCCUGGGGGCCCGCCCGACGGGAGCUGAAGACGGACGGCGGCUACGAGUGCAGCGACUGCGGCCGCCACUUCAACUACCUGGGCAACCUGCGGCAGCACCAGCGCAUCCACACGGGGGAGAAGCCCUUCAGCUGCCCCGAGUGCGGCGAGCGUUUCAGGCACGCGGCCCGGCUGAAGAGCCACCGGCUGGGCCACAGCGGAGCCCAGAGCCCCUUCCCCUGCCCUCAGUGCGGCAAGGGCUUCUCGGUGCUGUCGGGCCUGAAGCGGCACCAGCGCGUGCACACCGGGGAGAGCCCCUACGCCUGCCAGCAGUGCGGCCGGCGCUUCAAGGAGCUGGGGAACCUGUACACACACCAGAGGAUCCACAGCGGGGCUACUCCCUACUGCUGCCAGCACUGCGGACGCAGCUUCAGGCACCUGGGCACCUACAAGAGCCACCGCUGCACCCCCACCCAGUAGCUGGGGCCCCGAGGCACUGGGGCCAUCCCCCCCUGGCCUCAGCAGAGGGGCGCCCCCCCUGCCUGCUGAGCCCAGUGGGGGACAGCCCCCUCUAGUGGGGGUUGUCCCCCCCUGG